AGUUCAGUUCCUCUCUUUUCUUUUCUUUUGACAAAAAAAAAAAAAAAAUCCAUUUUCAAAUCUCUUCAUUUUCUCUCACUAGAUUAUCUCUCUCUAAAUUUUUCUCUCCUAGAUUCUCUCUCUCUAAAUUUUUCUGUCCUACAUUCUCUCUUGUUCUUGUGUCUCGGUUGAGUCUCUCAAUCUGAGCAGAAAGCUCAGAUAUAAUGAAUCACUACCACGUAUACGAAGCCAUCGGACAUGGAAAGUGCUCGACUGUGUAUAAAGGGAGGAAGAAGAAGACCAUUGAGUACUAUGCCAUUAAAAGCGUCGAUAAAUCUCAGAAGAACAAGGUUCUUCAAGAAGUUAGAAUUCUUCAUUCCCUAGACCACCAAAAUGUUCUGAAAUUUUAUUCUUGGUAUGAAACUUCUGCUCACUUGUGGUUAGUUUUGGAGUACUGUGUUGGAGGAGAUCUUAGAGCCUUAUUACAGCAGGAUGGUCAGCUACCUGAGAACUCAAUUCAUGAUUUUGCUCAUGACCUCGUGAAAGCCUUGCAGUAUUUGCAUUCCAAGGGAACUAUUUACUGUGAUUUGAAACCUUCAAACAUCCUAAUGGAUGAGAAUGGGAGGACAAAGCUAUGUGAUUUUGGCUUGGCUAGAAGAUUGAAUGAAAUUUCGAAAAUUCCUUCUUCCUCGUUGCCACAAGCAAAACGAGGAACACCUUCUUAUAUGGCUCCUGAGUUGUUUGAAGAUGGAGGAGUCCAUUCAUAUGCCUCUGAUUUCUGGGCUCUUGGCUGUGUAUUAUACGAGUGCUAUACUGGGAGACCUCCUUUUGUUGGAAGAGAAUUCACUGAACUAGUAAAAUCUAUCCUCUCAGACCCACCUCCACCUUUGCCAGGUUCUCCUAGUCGUCCUUUUGUCAAUCUAAUCAAUUGUUUACUGGUUAAAGAUCCAGCUGAAAGAAUACAGUGGUCAGAACUUUGUGGACAUGCUUUUUGGAGAAGCAAGUUGACUCCAGUGCCACUACCAUCUCAGCCUGCUUUUGAUAACAUGAUAGAACUAUCUGAGAAGCCAUCUCUCACAGAGCGUAAUGGUGAUAAACCUCACCAAAAUAGAACUCCUCCUAAAUCUCGUGAAAAAAAUGUAAAAGGAGCUCUCAAGCAAGAUGAGAAUUCUAUUUUGGCAUCAAAAGGUUCUGAGACACCUGUUAAGAAUGCACCAGGUAGUCGCAGAAUUCAAACAAAGGGUUCUGGCAGAGUUCUUGAAGAGAAACCAAAAAACAUUUCUGGUGCUGCUAGGGGUGUGAACCUUUUAAGACUCUCAAGAAUAGCAAAAUUAAAUUUACGGAGGGAGAAUGAGAAGGAAAACUACCGAAGACCCAUGUGUACUACUACUGAAAAUGAUUCUGAAGUCAAAAUCGAGAACAUUGAUAUGGAACUUGAUUUUAAUGAGAACACUGAAGAUGAUGGACAUGACGAAGUUGAUGGAACUGACAACCAAUCUUGUACACCUGAAGAUAAGUUGACUACUGAAAAUCAGUAUCAAGAAAAAGUUGAAGAGAUUGAAAACACGCAGCAAUCAGAUGUGCCUACCCCAGAUGAACCAAAAACAUUGGAACAUGAAUCAUCUCAAGAUCACAUUGAAGUGGCAGCAACCCCCCCACCCACCUAUAGUCCUCAACUUAAAAACCAGAGGAUCAAAGAAGCUGCAGGAUCGGUUCUUGAGUCUGAUUCUACAAAAUCAUCUGAUAAACUUUCACAGGCUCUUUGGCAUCCAUCAGAUCUCUCAGUCAGACCUGUAAUGCCUAGUAGAAAGUCUGACAAAGUGCUCGAGGUGCUUCCUUCACUUCCCUUUGAGGCUUUGCAAACAUCUGAGUUUGUAAAGAUAUCUAAGGAGUCUCUAGAUGCAUUCAAUAAUAAGAUCAUAGCCAUUCUGCAUGGAAAUAAUAGCAUUAUGGAGAAACAAAAUGUGAUCAGAUACCUUGAGAUGUUAAGCUCUAAUGCUGAUGCAGCCAAUCUCUUGACCAAUGGGCCAAUAAUGCUCAUGCUGGUUAAAAUGCUUCGACAGUCCAAGAUAUCAACCUUGCGUAUCCAACUUGCGUCAUUGAUUGGUUUAUUGAUUCGACAUUCCACUUUCAUUGAAGACAGUUUGGCAAAUUCUGGAAUUUUAGGUUCACUAACAGAUGGACUAAGAGAUAAGCAGGAAAAAGUUAGGAGAUUUUCUAUGGCUGCAUUAGGGGAGCUGCUAUUCUAUAUAUCCACUCAAAAUGAGCACACCAAAGAUAAAUGUCCGUUAGAAUCUCCAUCGAAAGACAACAGGUCAUCAUCUGGCUGGCAGGUCCCAAAUUCACUAAUUUCAUUGGUUUCAUCAAUUUUGCGGAAAGGAGAGGAUGAUAUGACUCAACUCUAUGCGUUGAGGACAAUCGAAAACGUUUUUAGUCAAGGAGCAUACUGGGUAUCUCGUUUCAACAGCCAAGAUGUGAUAAAUAACUUGUGUUAUAUAUAUAGGGCUGCUGGAAAACAGGAGAGUGUGAGGCUUACGGCAGGGUCAUGUCUGGUCCGUCUUGUUUGUUUCAGCCCUCAAAGCAUUCAAUCAGUAGUGGAUAAACUUUCUUUCAAGGACAUGGCAACUGCCCUUGUCAAGGGUAGUCUACGUGAGCAGCAAAUUGGAUUGAACCUUUUAAAUAUGGCCAUGAAUGGAAGUCAAAUGUUUACAAAUGGCAGAUAUCUUUUACCAUUGGCGGAGGAUAAGAAUCUUGUGCCAGGUCUUUUGUCUCUUAUUGAGCAAGGAAGUGAAGUUUUGAAGGGAAAAGCACUUGUUUUUGUCGCUCUCCUAUGUAAGAAUGGUAGGAGAUGGCUGCCGCAGUUCUUUUGCAAUGCAAGACUACUUUCUGUGGUGGAUAGAUUGGCGAAAGAGAAGGAUAGAUAUGUGCAGCAGUGCUUGGAAGCUUUCAUAAAUGUUGUUGCUUCUACUAUUUCUGGGUUAUUGGAUAUCAUAACUGGAGAAAUUCAACAAAUUAUGGGAGGGAGGCGCCAUGGCCAUACGGGUAACCUUUCCAGUCGAGCUGCUUCGAAGAAUAAUAUUCAGUUACUUCCAGUGGUUCUUCAUUUACUCGAAAGCUCAUCUUUCAAGCGCAAGGUAGUUAAUCCUCAGGUGCUGCAGCAGUUGGCAAAUCUAAUUAAACUUGCCGAGUCUCCAUUUCAGGGUCGGGAUGACUUCCAAAUAUCCCUCCUCAGGAUACUUGAAUCUAUUUCAGAGGAGUCACCUGUAAUUGUUGAAAGCCCUGACAUUUUUAUUCGUGAAAUUCUACCUAGUUUGGCUGUUCUCUAUAAAGGCAACAAGGAUGGUGAUGCCAGAUUUUUGUGUCUGAAAAUUUUGUUUGAUGUUAUGAUUAAUCUCUUAAAUGAAAAUUUUGUGGAGCAUAGGUCAAAGGAUUUGGAGCUUAUUUCCAGUAAGCAUUUCCUUCCCCUCUAUCCCUCCCUUAUUGAGGAUGAAGAUCCCAUCCCCAUGUAUGCACAAAAGCUUCUUGUGAUGCUCAUCGAGUUUAAUAUCAUAAAAAUUCCGGACAUUCUACAUCUCAAGACAGUUUCACAGUGCUUUGAGUUUUUGCUUGGUGAUCUCUCAAGUGCAAAUGAUAGUAAUGUCAAGCUUUGCCUGGCUCUAGCUUCUGCUCCCGAAAUGGAAUCCAAGUUACUUUCAGACUUAAAGGUAGUAAGGAGGAUUGGUAAUCUUUUGGAGUUUGUCUACGCUAAAGAUAUGGAAGAUUUCCUAGAACCAACACUUGGCCUCUGCAAGGCUUUUCUUCUUCGUGCAGUCACUGGCAGGAAAGACUUCAACUACACCGAAGAGCCUGCUCUCUUAGGUGUUAGUUCUUCUGAGGUAAUUAGUGCAGCAGAUGAUCAGUAUGGUAUUAGAGACAUUGCGGAUUUUGGAAGCAAUGUUUCAGUCUUGCUGGAGUUGUGUGAACAUCAUGGAGCAAAUUUGGCAGAUGUAGCUUCUGAAUGUUUGAUCUUGCUACUUAAGUCAGCUCCAAGGGAAGCCACUGCUGGUUUGCUAACUAAUCUACAAAAGGUCACUGUGAUCCUUGAGUCAUGGAGUAGUAGUAGGGGCACUUCUCAAUUACUGGUGCAGAGAAUGCUGCAUUCUCUUGGCUAUGCUUGUAAGCAAUAUAUCUCACAAGCAAUGAUAUUGUCUAUAUCCAUACCAGAGAUUUCAAAGAUAGAAGCCAUUCUUUCUGAGCUCAAGAGUUCAGGAAUCCCUGCUUUAAUGACUGCAGCUUCGGAUGUUGCCAUGGAGUUGCAGCGCCUGCCUCGUUGCAUUUGAAAUCGUUGAGGCACUACUUAGAUUAAUGGACUUUUUUUUCAGAAGAGCAUGAAAGAAAGUCAUGCUAUCCGAGUCCCCACAUUAGAGGGAUCAAUGGCUCGACUCAUUUGGGUGAGUCAAAUUCUUUAUGCGUUGUAUUGCAAAUCAACCUUGUCUUGGGGGCUUACCUUUUAUCCUUGUAUACCAUUGUAUAACCAUUAUAAUGUAAGUGAACUUUUCCUUUUUUCGGUUAGAACUUUCAAGAAUUUUAAUAAACGGAACCCUUCUCCGCUG